UACCGGAGUUCCACUGACACUGUCUGCCGCCGUAUCUCGCGGACCUCUCCUCCUCCCUUCGACGGAGAUUAAGCAUUUAGGUUUCUUCGAUUGGAACGCGGAACAAAGCACGAAGUGAAGAACAAAGCCAGCAAGCGACGAACUACCAAAUUGAUUCUUGGAUUGGACAAAAGAACAAAGACACGAAGAGCAUCAGCGAAGAACAAAGUCACCGGUUACCAAAUUGAUUUGUUUGACGGUUCAUGGUUCACAGGAGUGAGUACUCUAAUACGAGCUGUUUUUGGCCAAAUAUGAGGGAAGUGUUUCUAGUAUGCAAAGGUGUGGCGGCUAAGAGCAAGUGAGACUAUGGCCCCCAAGUACAACAACAGCAGUAAAGCUUCUGCAUGCUCAAUUUCUACUUUGUUUCUCUCAAUCUCCGUGCUCUUUGCUCUUUUACUCUCUCUCUUCCUUCUAUCAUCUAAUCGCACAUCCAAAUUGGCAUCUUCUUCAUGUCUCAUCUCUACCGCUGCCAUCGACUUACCCAACAACAAGGCUAUCGGCAAUUCAAUCAAUGUAUACGUUUCAGAUCUACCUAGAUCACUCAACUAUGGUCUUUUAGAAAACUACUGGUCUCUAUCCCACGAUUCAAGACUGGGCAGUGAAGUAGACAAUCAAAUCAGAUUGACCCAUUCCUGGAAUAGUAAAAAUGUUCCCCGUUAUCCUGAGAGCCCAUUGAUCAAACAAUACAGUGCCGAGUACUGGAUCAUGGGUGAUCUGAUAACUCCACAAGAGUUAAGAAGUAACUCUUUUGCAAGGCGUGUUUUUUCUCCUGAACAGGCUGAUGUCAUUUUUGUGCCUUUCUUUGCGACAAUAAGUGCUGAAUUGCAGCUUGGUAUUGCCAAAGGGGCUUUCAGAAAGAAGGUGGGGAAUGAUGACUAUGCAAGACAGAAGGAGGUUUUGAGUUUUGUGAAAGGGACUGAGGCUUGGAAACGUUCUGGUGGUAGAGAUCAUGUCUUUGUUCUUACAGACCCUGUUGCAAUGUCGCAUGUUAGAGAUGAGAUCGCUCCUGCCAUUCUGCUUGUUGUUGACUUUGGUGGGUGGUACAGGGUUGACUCGAAAGCUUCUAAUGGCAACAUGUCUGAUAUGAUACAACAUACCCAGGUUUCGCUGCUAAAAGAUGUUGUAGUACCCUAUACAUAUUUGCUACCAAGAUUGCACCUAUCAGAAGACCAGAAACGCCAAACUCUUCUCUAUUUCAAAGGAGCUAAGCAUCGGCAUCGGGGUGGUUUGAUACGAGAAAAGUUAUGGGACUUGUUGAUCAAUGAACCUGGAGUUAUAAUGGAAGAAGGGUUCCCAAAUGCAACCGGAAAGGAACAAUCAAUAAAAGGAAUGAGAACUUCCGAAUUCUGUUUGCAUCCGGCAGGCGAUACUCCGACUUCAUGCCGUCUUUUCGAUGCCAUCCAAAGUCUCUGUAUUCCCGUCAUUGUUAGUGACAACAUCGAGCUCCCAUUUGAAGGCACAUUGGACUACACCAAAUUCUCUGUAUUCGUAGCCGUGAGCGAAGCGCUACGGCCAAAUUGGCUCAUGAACCAUCUCAGAAGCUAUACCGGUCUGCAGAAAGGCGAGUUUAGAGAAAACAUGGCUAAGGUUCAGACGUUUUUUGAAUACGAUAACGGCUAUCCGGGUGGUGUUGGCACGAUCCCAGUUGAUGGUGCAGUGAACCACAUAUGGCGAAAGGUUCACCAAAAGUUGCCGAUGAUUAAAGAGGCCGUAGUUCGAGAAAGACGAAAACCGCCUGGUGCAUCCGUCCCACGCCGUUGCCAUUGUACUUGAAUUAAAAUAUAUACAUAUAGAGCCGGUUCAAACGAGAAUUGUACCUAUUUAAAAGAAUAAGAAAACAGUCAAAUAACAUGUGAUUUUACACUAACAUCACGUACAAAAUCACAUGUGAUUCACAUGACUUUGGCCCAUGGCCUGAAGAUGUGGUCAAAGUCGCCCACAUCUUUUUUGUCUGUUAAUGUAAAAUCACAUGUGAUUUUACACGUAAUUUGACUGUUUUCAUAUCCUCUUAAAGUCAACAUUCUCGUUUGAUCCUCCUCUCUUUAUAUAUGGACGUGAGGUUCCAAGUUCAAACCUUGGCACUACACCUGCCUUGCAGUGAUUUUCUGUUCCCAUUAUGGCUGUGGGGUCGGUGUUCUGAGUAUGUUUCAGAAGAGGACGUCAUACCCUAUAAUAUCUAUUUGUUGGUCCGUGUACUCUAUUAAAUUUAUUUAGAGCGAACUACACCUGAAGGUCUCGGUGAUUUACUCAAAAUUUGGAUAUGGUUCUUUAGAUGUAUUAUU